CUUUCUCACUAAUUUUUGGGUGCAUGUUUCUUAUGCUGUUGCUCUUCUUAUUAGCAUCAUUCAGUUUUCUUCUUGUAGUGUGUGAAAUGGAGCUUCAACUCAAAACUAAUUCAGUUUUCUUUUUGAUUGUGUGGUUGCCAAAUUAGGAUUUGGGUAUGCCUUUUUAUUUAUUAUUUUGGUAAUUAUUUGAUUUGAAAUUCAGAAAUGAUGGUACUCUAUCAUGUUGCUUCAUCUUUCUGAGUCUAAAACUGUCUAUUGGUUCCAAUUUGCGUUUAGAUUGUCGCCAUUUUUUAUUUAUUUAUUUAUUUUUUUUUCAUGAGAGAUAUCUGCAAUAGGGUUGGCUUUCUGGUCGAAAUUUUGAUUUUUUUCUUCAAAAAAGAUGGGCAAAUACCAUAAGGACAUGAUGCUAAUGAAUAUACUUGUUUUGGGUUCUUUCUAUAUUAUCAAAACAGCAAACAAGAUUGAUUAAAAAUGAUUCCUUUCUAUGGGGGGGAAAAAAAAAACAACAAGUCUUUAUCUGUCGAAUCAUGGUUAUCCAAGAAUGGUACAGUAGAGAACUUGCACAAGGGAUUUCGCCCACUGGCUGUCCAAGGGUUGUCAAGGAGGCUGCUUCUGCAGUUUAUUGGAGUCAAUUCUGUCCAAUUACAUCCUGUUUUUGCUGUGCCCUUGCCAGAGAUGAAGGAACCUGAAGUCAUUGGGACAUUGAAGCUUCCCAGCGGUGUUAGGAUUCAAGAGAUUGUUGAAGGGAAAGGACCUGAAGCCCAUGAAAGAGAUCUGGUUGAAAUCAAUUAUGUAUGCAGGCGUUCAAAUGGAUAUUUUGUUCAUAGCACUGUGGAUCAAUUUAGCGGAGAAAGCACACCUGUUAUACUUCCAUUAGAUGAGAAUCGGAUUAUAAAGGGUUUGAAAGAGGUUCUAAUUGGCAUGAGGGUUGGAGGAAAGAGAAGGGCAUUGAUUCCUCCUUCUUUGGGGUACAUAAAUGAGGACUUAAAUCCAAUACCUGAAGAGUUUGGCCCUCGACGCAGUCUCUUGUCCCAUGCGAACGAGCCUUUGAUAUUUGAAGUGCAGCUUUUGAAAGUACUUUGAUUUUAUCCCUACAUACCAAUUUUUUUAUUUUUAUUUUAUUUUAUUUUAAUUAAUUAAUUAAUUUAUUUAUUUUGUGAAAGUUAUCACUAUAUACCUUGAAAAGCCAAAAGUUGUUUGUUUUCCACACAGAACCAAAUAGAUUCUUCUUCUUGUAGCUUUAACAUUUUUCAAAAUACGGUAAAAGAAUGCUGCAUAUUUUGAAGAAUGGCAUGAACAAAAGUUUCUUAUUAUAA